UAAUAAACGGAAAAGAACUGUGAAGAGGAAUGAAAUUCAAAAUUCAAAUCGGCAUCCCUUCUCCUUCUCUGUCACAAACACAAAGCUCCACCAUGCCUGCAACCCUCAAACCCUAAGCUUCCACUCUUUCUCUCUCCUCCACGCGUCUCUGUAGUCCUCAAUCUUCUUUUUGCCGCCGUGGCCGCCGCCUCUUCCUCUCUUCCAUCGCUGGCGUUCUGCCGAUCAGCCAUGGAAGCCAUACUUGUUGAUUCAGUUCAGAAUAGUUUGCGGCAUUUCAUGUAUUCCAAUGCCAUUUUCAUUUGUGAACGUCUUUGUGCCGAGUUCCCUUCCGAGGUGAACUUGCAAUUGUUGGCUAGUUGUUACUUGCAGAAUAAUCAAGCUUAUGCGGCAUAUCAUAUAUUGAAAGGCACACAAAUGGCUCAAUCCCGCUACUUGUUUGCUUUCUCAUGCUUUCAUAUGGAUCUUUUAAAUGAAGCAGAAAAGGCAUUGUCCCCUGCUAAUGAGUCUGGUCUAGAGGUGCCGAAUGGUGCAGCUGGCCAUUAUCUUCUUGGACUUGUCUACAGGUAUACUGACCGAAGAAAGAGUGCUGUUCAUCACUUUAAGCAGGCGUUAUCCAUUGAUCCAUUGUUUUGGGCUGCAUAUGAGGAACUUUGUGUUUUGGGUUCGGCUGAAGAAGCAUCUACAGUGUUUGGUGAAUCAGCUGUCCAUACCAUUCAGAAGCAGCAGCAUGCCCUCAUUUCUCAGAACUUUGUUGCUUCUACUGAGGACCAGAAUCAAGUUUCUGCCAAGAGCUUGGGUGACGCUAGUCCGAGGCAGCUAAAAAGUAUCCAUGGUAACAGUGCAAAGGAUGCUUCUGGAAGUUAUCCUGGAGCAACUGCAUCUUCAGCAGCUGUCAACCAGCCCCUGAAUUGCGUAUCUUCCAGCUUGUCAUUUUACAGCACUCCUUCUCCAAUGGCCUCUCAGCUGUCCGGUAUUGCUCCUCCACCCGUUUGUAGGCAUGUACAGCAAAACACUGCCUCAGCAAGCAGUGAAAGCUCACCAAAGUCAACAGUAAGCACGACUCUUCAAGCCCCUCGAAGGAAGUUUGUGGAUGAAGGGAAAUUGAGAAAGAUAUCUGGGAGGUUAUUCUCUGAUUCUAUUCCCAGACGAAGUACACGACUUGCGGGGGAAGCCGGAGGAAGCACCAACGCAACUACAACGUCAUCAACCGGAAACGGAACCAAUCAAUCCUUGAAGAAUAUUGGAAAUUCUAGGUUAAGCAGUGCAGGAUUACGCUCUGUGACACUUCGCAAAGGACAGGCAGGGCCAAGUGACAGUUUUGAAGAAGGAAUUCGCCAAGAGGCAUUUGAUGAUUCUCGAAUAAAUACACAAGCAAGUAUUUGUACAUCUUCCUCUUCUGAUGCCGGAUCUACAGAGCAGGAUGGUGGAUCUAUGAGUUUAUGUAGAACGACUCAUGAUGGUUCUAAAGUCCGUAACGGGGCUCUAGAAAUUUUAGGCUUGUGGAGACUGUUGGGGGAUGGGUAUAGACUUUCUUGCAUGUACAAGUGCCAGGAGGCAUUGGAGAUCUAUAAGAAACUCCCGCCUAAACAUUACAAUACUAGCUGGGUUCUUUCCCAGGUUGGGAGAGCAUAUUUUGAAUUAGUUGAUUAUUUAGAAGCUGAUCGUGCCUUCAGUCUCGCUCGACGGCAGUGUCCUUGCAGCUUAGAUGGAAUGGAUGUUUACUCCACCGUUCUUUAUCAUCUAAAGGAAGAUAUGAAACUAAGUUACCUGGCUCAGGAGCUGCAAUCAAUUGAUCGUUUGGCUCCUCAAACAUGGUGUGCCAUGGGCAAUUGUUACAGUUUGCAAAAAGAUCAUGAUACAGCUUUGAAAAAUUUCCAGCGAGCUGUGCAACUUAAUUCAAGGUUUGCGUAUGCUCAUACUCUCUGUGGUCAUGAACAUGUUGCUUUGGAGGACUUUGAGAGUGGAGUGAAAAGCUUUCAGAAUGCUCUUCGUGUUGAUUCACGACAUUACAAUGCAUGGUACGGCCUUGGAAUGGUCUACCUUCGCCAAGAGAAGUUUGAGUUUGCCGAACAUCAUUUUCGAGUUGCGUACCAGAUAAAUCCGCAUUCGUCUGUGAUCAUGUCAUAUCUUGGAACAGCUCUUCAUGCUCUAAAGAGAAAUGAGGAUGCGUUGAUGAUGAUGGAGAAAGCUAUAUUAGCAGAUAAAAAGAAUCCUCUUCCCAUGUAUCAGAAGGCUAUUGUAUUGUCUAGCAUGGAAAACUAUGAUGCAGCUCUAAGGGUCCUGGAAGAGCUCAAGGAAUAUGCACCUCGUGAAUGCAGUAUCUAUGCAUUGAUUGGUAAGAUCUAUAAGCGAAAGAACAUGCAUGAUAAGGCAAUGUUGCAUUUUGGACUUGCCCUAGACUUGAAGCCAUCAGCAACAGAUGUAGCCACCAUAAAGGCUGCCAUUGAGAAGUUGCACGUGCCAGACGACUUGGAUGAUAUUUUAUAAAUUUUAUCGAAUACAUUACAACAGAAUCGGAACCCUCUGGCCCCUGGGGAGUUGUCCUGGUUAACCCUCCAUCGAUAUAAGCUUCUCGAUGGUUGACCAGAUCGCUCCCAAGUCCCAACCAGGUGACGCUGUAAAAUACCAACCAGUUUUGCGGGCAUUAAGUGUUGUAAAUCAGGCAAUGGGAAAGGUGUAUAUCAGCUGUAGUUCAGUAGUGUUUGUAUAACCUUAAAAUGCUAUUUAUUUAUUGUUCUUUUAGCACACCUUGAGUGUCACUAAUGCACUUUUAGUUUAGACUUUAAUCCACUUGUACUACUAAAUCCGUCUUAAAAUUAAUAGAAUAAACUCCUUUUUUGGUUUUUCA